AUGAAUUCAGCUGAGCAAACCGUUACAUGGCUGAUUACUCUGGGGGUGCUGGAAUCGCCCAAAAAGAGCAUCUCGGAUCCGGAGGGAUUUUUGCAGGCGUCUCUGAAAGACGGGGUGGUGCUGUGCAGGCUGCUGGAUCGCCUGCUGCCGGGGACCAUCGAUAAAGUUUAUCCGGAGCCGCGCACCGAGAGCGAGUGCCUGAGCAAUAUCCGCGAGUUCCUCCGCGCCUGCGGCGCCACUCUCCGCCUGGAGACGUUUGAUGCAAAUGAUCUCUAUCAGGGACAGAACUUCAACAAGGUGCUUAGCUCCUUGGUUGCUCUAAAUAAAGUAACAGCAGAUAUUGGGCUAGGAAGUGAUUCAGUGUGCGCAAGGCCAUCAUCUCAUCGAAUAAAAUCUUUUGAUUCCCUGGGAUCCCAGUCUUUACAUAGCAGAACCUCAAAACUUUUUCAGGGCCAGUAUCGAAGUCUGGAUAUGACAGAUAACAGCAACCACCAGCUGGUGGUAAGAGCAAAGUUUAAUUUUCAACAAACCAAUGAAGAUGAACUUUCUUUUACAAAAGGAGAUAUUAUUCACGUUACGAGAGUGGAAGAAGGAGGCUGGUGGGAAGGAACUCACAAUGGCAAGACAGGCUGGUUUCCCAGCAAUUACGUACGAGAAGUAAAAUCAAAUGAAAAACCUGUCUCCCCAAAAUCAGGAAGCCUGAAGAGUCCACCAAAGGGAUUUGAUACGUCUGCAAUUAGCAAAAGCUAUUAUAAUGUGGUGCUACAAAACAUUCUAGAAACAGAAAACGAAUAUGCUAAGGAACUGCAGACCAUGCUUUCUAACUACCUGCGACCCUUACAAGCUAGUGAAAAGUUAAACUCUACAGAUACUUCAUAUUUAAUGGGAAACCUAGAGGAAAUCAGUUCUUUUCAGCAAAUGCUUGUACAGUCUUUAGAAGAAUGCACCAAGUUGCCUGAAACUCAGCAGCGGGUUGGUGGUUGCUUCCUAAAUCUGAUGCCACAAAUGAAAAAUUUAUACCUUGCGUACUGUGCCAACCACCCUUCGGCAGUAACCGUCCUCACAGAACACAGUGAAGAGCUGGGAGAAUUCAUGGAGAUGAAAGGAGCCAACAGCCCUGGGAUUCUUGUAUUGACCACAGGCCUGAGCAAACCUUUUAUGCGCCUGGAUAAAUAUCCCACAUUGCUCAAAGAGCUUGAAAGACACAUGGAGGAUUAUCAUCCCGACCGGCCUGACAUUCAGAAAUCCAUGACAGCUUUCAAAAAUCUUUCUGCACAGUGUCAAGAAGUACGGAAAAGAAAGGAGCUUGAACUCCAAAUACUAACAGAAGCUAUCCGCUGCUGGGAAGGAGAGGACAUUAAAACACUUGGAAAUGUUAUUUACAUGUCACAAGUCAUGAUUCAGUGUGCUGGAAGUGAGGAAAAGAAUGAAAGAUACCUUCUUCUCUUUCCUAACAUAUUGCUCAUGUUGUCCGCCAGUCCUAGAAUGAGUGGGUUUAUCUAUCAGGGGAAAUUGCCGCUAACAGGCAUGGCCAUUGCAAAGCUAGAAGACAGUGAAAAUCACAGAAAUGCAUUUGAAAUAUCAGGAAAUAUGAUUGAACGGAUAUUGGUAUCUUGUAACAACCAACAAGAUUUGCAUGAAUGGGUAGAUCAUCUGCAGAAGCAAACCAAAGUGACUACUCUUGGGAUGCCUGCUAUUAAACCUCAUUCUGUGCCAUCUCACACGCUUCCUUCUCAUCCUCUAACACCAUCCAGCAAGCAUGCAGACAGCAAGCAAAUGCCCCUGACUCCAGUAUACCACACUCUUCCACAUCCUUCACAUCAUGGGACGCCUCAUACCACUAUAAACUGGGGACCCCUGGAGCCUCCCAAAACUCCUAAGCCGUGGAGUUUGAGCUGCUUGCGGCCAGCACCUCCAUUACGGCCUUCAGCAGCACUCUGUUACAAAGAGGAUCUCAGCAAAAGUCCCAAAACCAUGAAAAAACUACUGCCCAAGCGAAAACCUGAACGGAAACCAUCAGAAGAAGAGUUUUCACUGAGAAAAAGUACUGCUGCAUUAGAAGAAGAUGCUCAGAUUCUAAAAGUCAUUGAAGCUUACUGCACAAGUGAAACGCGCCAAACAUUAAAUUCAACAUGGCAAGGCACUGACCUGAUGCAUAAUCACGUCUUGGCUGAUGAUGACCAAUCAAGUCUAGACUCCUUGGGUCGUCGCAGUAGCCUUUCUCGUUUGGAGCCUUCCGACCUCUCUGAAGACUCUGACUAUGACAGUAUAUGGACAGCCCAUAGUUACAGAAUGGGGUCUACAUCUCGCUCCCGUAAAGAAUCUGCUCCCCAAGUACUGCUUCCAGAGGAGGAGAAAAUUAUUGUAGAAGAAACAAAAAGUAAUGGUCAGACUGUGAUAGAAGAAAAAAGUCUUGUUGACACAGUAUAUGCAUUAAAGGAUGAAGUUCAGGAAUUAAGACAGGAUAACAAAAAAAAGAAAUCCCUGGAAGAAGAACAAAGAGCUCGCAAGGAGUUGGAAAAACUUGUCCGGAAAGUUCUAAAGAGUAUGAAUGAUCCAUCUUGGGAUGAAACCAAUUUAUAACAAACUUACUGUUGUUCUUUUCUUUUUCUUUCUAUUGAAAGACCAGUUGUCAAAUGAAGCUGGGAAGUCUUCUGACAUUUAGUCAGCGUUGCAUAACAAGCACUACAAAGUAGGACUUAACUGGAUCAAAUGAUUUUUAUUUCUUACAAUGUAUAAUAAUAAUAAUAAUAAUAAUAAUAAUAAUCCAUUCACUUAAGCUGUCUGUACUUAAGUGUAGAUAGCAUGGACCCUGAACUUGUGUGCAUCUAAAUUACCUCAUUUUUGCAGCAAGUGCAACAGCUGGCUAAGCAGUCCAUGACGCCACCCUACCCCAAAAAACACUUUGUAAAUAUUAUCUGUAAUUUUGAAUGCAUAUGUGAUCAAUGUAUCAGGACUGAUAUAGUGUUAUCGUUUCUUUCUGUAAUGAUUGCAGCAGACGGACAUGGCAGUGCCUGAUGCUCUUCUAAAAUUUACUGAAAAUUCUGCUCCGAGAUGGAUUGUUUCAAAUUGUUCUAGACAUAGUAGGUGUUAGUUGCAAAAUGUGUGUGUUUUUUUUGUAAUUUCCCGACCUAUUUCCCAGUAUUCACCAGCCUGUUUUAAUAACUUAAUUAAAUCUAUUUAUGUCUGUUUAAAGCUUCAGACACAAUUUUAACAUGCUUUUUAAAAACACCAAGCUGUCAAUGCAGUGACAAUUGGCACCAUUUUGUAUUCAAGCUAGCAUCUUAAAGAUCCAAGACAGACAGUUAAGUUUCUUUUGGCAUGCCAAUAUGCAGAAUUACUAGUUAAAGGUGGAUGUACUUGCUCUUGUUUUUUUUU